UAACUUGACCCAUAAGGACACAACUUUGGUGCUGAGGCGAAUGAUGAACCAUCUGACGGGGAAGGAACAUAAGGCUGAUGUUGGUUUGCAAAGGGAUGAGGAUGGUGGUCCUCUGGGUGGAGACUGGACUGAUGAGGGAGAAGUGGAGGUUGAAGAUGAUGUCCUGACAGAUGAAGAACGUACGUUUUUAAAACAGUUCCCUAGCUUGAAAAGGGAUGUGGAAAAGGGCAUCAGAAAACUCUAUGACAUCGCAGACUGCAUUGACAAAAGCCACCAAAAAGCCACCAAGACCAACGUGGUGUCUAACUCUGCAUCAGCCGUCUCUGGAUUCAUGAGUCUCCUGGGUUUGGCCCUUGCUCCAGUAACUGCAGGUGGAAGCCUGGUGCUCACUGCUGCUGGGACAGGUUUGGGGGUGGUUGCUGGGGUCACCAAUAUUGUGACUGAUGUGAAGGAAAACUCUCGCAAGAGAAGAGCCCUAGCUGAGGCCAACAGAGUCAUGCCUACCAGUGACCAAGAGCUUGAGGAAGUCAGAGGGAAGAAGAUGGCUUAUGUCACAGCCACUGGUGAGAUUGUCUCCAAAUGUGGGACCGCCUGGAAAACCAUCAACAAUCACAUCCGAGCCCUCCAGCUAACCAAAACACACCCCCAUGUCACUUCAGCUGCCAAGAAGCUCAUGAGUGCUGGCCAAGUCUCAACCCGAACCAGCAGGCAGGUGCAAAAGGCCUUUGGGGGUACAGCCCUGGCAAUGACCAAAAAUGCUCUCAUGAAGAAUGGUCUACUUGCUGCCUUCUUUCUUGCCCAUGACAUACAUUCUCUUUAUGAGAACUGGAAGGAACUGGAGGCUGGAACGCCAACGGAGCUUGCAAAAGAGUUAAGAGAGCGGGCUGAGGUGCUGGAUCGGGUAUUAUCAGAACAGACCCGUCUCUACAAAAGCCUGAAGAAGAAACUCAGAGACUCACAGAAGAGACCUGCGGGGUCUUCUUUGGAAACAGCCAUGGAGACUCAGCCUCCGCCUCUAUCCUGCAUUGAGAAAGCAAGGCCCAGGGGACAGUGGCAUAGAGGAGCUGAGAUCAUGGGUCUUUGUGAUCAAUAAAUGGGGACCAGGGUGGGGGUAGCAAGGCUGGCAGAGGUGAUGCCUGGAGGCUCAUACACAGGGAGGUGCCAGGGAGGUCCCUAGGGUCUCAGAAGGGAGAGUCCUGUCAGCCUCACUCCUGAACCUGCCUCCCUUCUUCAUACUGACUCACAUCCACUCUCCCUGGUCCCCAUCACUCACUCACACAGCCCCUGCUUGGUUUCAGAUAGAUAUGGCUUCUGGCCAGCUUCCGUAGUAAUUAGCAAUGACUAGUAAUUAGCAAUGGUAAGGUGUGAAGAUUCCCCUGUCCACCCACCUCUCCCUGUGUUCUCUU